CCAGCGCGCGACACAUCAGAUGGGCGUGACCUCAGGUGUGGACUCUCUCUGGCUCUCUCCGCAGCCGGACGGGAGAUCGCUCGCUGUUGUCGGGUUUGUCCGUAGGUGCGAGCAGAACAACUGAGAGCAGCGAUGACUGCCGAACCGAUCCGCUCGGCUCUGGGUACCGUCUCCUCGGAGGACACCUCUCUGGUGCUGCCCUCUGACACAAAACAGCGGACGGGGCAGCAGCGCGUGCUGGAGCAGGUGAACAGCAUCAAGAGAAGCAAGUCGAAGAUAGUCAAGAAUGACUCCAUUCCGUCGCCAACAACUCCGGCAUCGGCGACAGAAUACAGUGAGCCGAAAUUCCAGUUCUCACCAACAAAACUGAACGACACACUCUUCAAAUUUAGCAGCCUCAACAUGACAAGCAGCAAGAGCAGAACGACUGGUCGCAGCUUGUCAGUGCGCAACACCAUGAGAAGACAAACCCCGAGCAGCCAGUGGGAGUCUCAGAUGAACUGGAAUGCACAGUCUCCCCCUAAUGGGAUGAGACGUGGUGGCAGUGACCCAGCUUUGAAUAAGGCAGCCGGCACAAAUUCCCAGCAGUCCAGGUCUUCAACUGUGCGAUAUAACCGAGCGACUGGACAAUCCAUGAGACUCCUGGAGAAUAACCUGCCUGCCAGCACCAGCCAAUCACAGACUGGUCGCAGCUUGUCAGUGCGCAACACAGUGAGAAGACAAACCCUGAGCAGCCAGUGGGAGUCUCAGAUGAACUGGAAUGCACAGUCUCAGUCCAACGGGAUGAGACGUGGUGUCAGCGACCCAGCCUUGAAUAAGGCAGGCGGCACAGUUACCCAGCAGUCCAGGUCUUCAACUGUGCGAUAUAACCGAGCGACUGGACAAUCCAUGAGACUCCUGGAGAAUAACCUGCCUGCCAGCACCAGCCAAUCACAGGUCGCAAGCAUCAAACCUCCCCUCAGCCAAUCACAGACAAUUACGAAAGUCACCACUACCAAGAACAAAUCAGAAGCGAUGGGUUCGAGUGGUGGCGAUGGAUCUGUUCCUAACAUCACUCUGCAGGAGGCAGUGGAGUAUCUGUCACACUCAGACAUCAGCCAUCAGCUGUGUGGAGCUUCAUUCAUACAGCACCACACCUUCACUGACGACAGAGCCAAGCAAAAGGUUAGUAGUUUGGGUGGGAUUCCUGCUCUUGUUCAGCUGCUGAAAUGUGACAAUCCACAGCUGCAACAGAUCAGUGCCGCUGCCCUGCGAAACGUCGUUUUUAAAGACAACAAUAACAAGCUUGAGGUGGAAAGUUUUGAAGGAAUAGAGGCCAUUCUGACCUUGCUCAGAAACACCAACAUUAUAGAAACACAGAAACAUCUCACUGGUCUGUUGUGGAAUCUGUCCUCGGCUGAUAAGCUGAAGCCAAAGCUGAUCAGGAACGCCAUGCCGCUGCUUACAGAACGCGUUGUGGUGCCUUACAACUUUUGGACUGAUAGCAGCACCAACAAACCCACUGACCCUGAGGUCUUCUACAACACCACUAACUGUUUAAGAAACCUCAGCUGUGCUAGCGAGAAGGAGAGGAUAUCGAUGAGGAGCUGCCCAAGACUUAUCGACUCUCUCAUGUCUUACGUUCUGACUCGGGUGGAAAGAGCCGAUCCAGAUGACAAGUCGGUGGAAAACUGUGUCUGCAUACUUCAUAACUUGAGUUACCAGCUAGAGAAAGAGGCUCAAGAUCACUUCAAACUGUUCUCUUUUCCUGAUGAGAAACCGAAUGAGAACACUAACAAAAAGAGCCUCUUCAGCCCCAAGAGCACCAAGACCCAGAAGGAGUUCAACUUUCCAGCCAUGGAAAAGAAAGAUCCUAAAGGAGUGGAUUGGUUGUACAACCAAAAGUCGCUGCAGAUGUAUCUGUCUCUGCUGUGCUUAAGUGAGAAUGAGGCCACUCUGGAGGCCUGCUGUGGAGCCCUGCAGAACCUGACCGCUUCAAAGAGCCAUUUGUCCACUCUGAUGAAUCAAAGCAUCAUAGAGAAGCUGCAAGGCCUGUCUGUCAUUUCACCCCUGCUGAUAUCACAAAACCUAGGCCUGCAGAAGACCGCCGUGUCCUUGGUGGGCAACAUGUCCCGGGUGUCAUCUCUACGGGGUACUAUGGCCAAGCAAAUUCUUCCCAACGUCAGUGCUGUUCUGUCGUCUGUGACUCCGAACAUGGUUCAGUCUGACAGCACCAUCGCUACAGCGUGCCGUGUGAUGAACACACUCAUGCUGGCAGACCCCGACACUGCCAAGAAGGUGAUCGACACCAAACUCGUCGACUCUCUGAGCAUGCUGAGCUCAAAUACAUCAUUUGACGCAGCCAAAGUAGCUGCUGCAGUUCUUCUGAGGAGUAUGUGGGGACAAAAAGACAUCCAGAAUGUGCUGAAAAAGAAAGGGAUGAACAAGGACAAGUUUGUAAAUACAUCCACUACUACAGCAUACAAAGAAGCAACACGCAUGGAUGGACACUGAGAGAUGUGCACGUGAGUGGAAAGACACUCGCCUUUACUUGAUUUUAUUUUAUUGCCUGGAUUCUGAAAUUAUUAAAAAAAAAAAUAUUUUUAUUUCCAACCCAAUGUUAUUCUUCUGAGGGCUAAAAUGGCACACAAAAAAGACCCUUAAAGUAUGAUAAACAGUUUGUGUGAUGCUAUAUUCCAGAAGAUGUGUGUGAAGAACUGAUCAAAAGUAAAUAUCCUUUCAGAUCUCAUUCAUACAUUCAUAUGGAUGGCUUUUAUGAUAUUUUAAUGGCGCUUUUCAACCGUUUUUAAACUUGACAUCCACUGAUGGAGGAAUAAUCAAUCCCUGUUUCUGGUAUGAAUGGUGAUGCAGCUGCUGUACUGCUAGUACAGGCCUGUUUAGGGCCUAAUACACAUCUACUAUUGGGAAAGAGUUUGUACACUUAUACUUAACAAACUUGCACUACUGGUCCACUCUUCCUCUGCUGCUUUCCUUCCUCUGUCCUCCUGUGAUGUAUAUUGGGGAUCAUAAUACAUGUUGGAUAAAGCUUUUGCAUUUUGGUGCAAUGAGGCCUGAAUAGUUGUCGGUUUCUAAACAUGCUCUUACGUCGCAGGCGUUUCGAUGUGAUUGAAAUAAUGUCUGUUGUUGUAUUAAUGUUGAAAGAAAAACAUUGCAACAAUGUUAAUACUAAUUAAAAGUAAGUUGGAUGAAAAGUAAGAUGUAAAAAAAAAUGUGUGAUUCAUCAUUGAAAUGCCAGUUAGAUUGGAGCUUGAUGAACUUUCUGGAUGUUUUGCCUUAAGGGGACUGAAUGCUGUGUUAAAUUCAGUUCUCACCUACUGAAGAAUCAGAACCACCUUAAACUUUUUUGUUUCUGUUUUACUUUGUUAGCCACACAUAAUUCUACUGUAAAUACAUUAUACUACAAAGACUAAGCACAGUUGAAAGGUAUAUAUGCAGCUUUAGAUGUGUCUUAUGUUCCUUCUUGGCAGUGUAAAGAUGUUUCUGGCCUUUUGGGUAUGGUUGCAUUUUAGGAGAUUUAAUGCUAGAUGCAUUCACUUGAAAUGGGUAAUAAUUUUUCAGAAUUAUAAUGAAUAAAAUAAUAUUUUUGUUAGUCUGACUGCUGCUUAGUGGUAAAUGCAAAAUUAUUUGUUUUCUAGAUAUACAGUUAUAUAAUAUUUUGAUUGACAUCCUUUUUAUAAACCAAACUUGCUUUUUCUGUGUGCUGUUUGCUAAAUGUGUGGGAUAUUUAAUUUUUGUGAGGAUUAUUUUUUUUACUUUUGUUUGGCUGGAAUGUGUUUAAAUGUGUCUUCUUGAGGGUAAAUGUAUUUUUUUCCCCACCCAUUUUAUUAUGUUGUCAAAAUGCAAAAAAAAAAAAAAGAAAUACAAACAAAAGAAAGAAAAUUAUAAUAAAUAAUAAUAUUUUUGUACUAAAAUAUUAGAUGUGGCUGUGUAAAAAUUACAUUUUCAUCUACAUGACCAAAAUGUGCAUUUUAAUCUUGCAUAAAAAUAACUAAUAAAAGUGCAAUUCAGCAAGAAA